GUACCAAAACAAAUUUAAUGUCCACACGUGUUGGCAUGAGACUUACCAGCUAAGCCAAAGCUGGAAAACCAAAUUACCAAAACCAUCAGCGCACCAUUCCCCCAAACAAACCCGACGACUGCAAAAUCGGCGAUCACGUCUCUCUCUCCUUAACGAUCUGAUUCAAUACGACUUCAUUUUAAUCGUUGUUCGAUCUCUAUCCCGGGAAAGUAUGGUCGAGGAAGACGGGAAGAACAGGGCCUCACCGGCAACCGGCGAACCCUUACCGGGAAACUAUUACUACGGUACGUUUCAAGGAGUGGCCAAUCAUCCACCUCCGCAGUCUCAGCCACCGGUGUUCGGUUUCCCUCAGCCCACUCCUCCUCCUGGUGCUUCCGGUGCUCCUCCUCAUUACUAUCCUCAUGCUUAUCAAACUGCUCACGGUUAUGCUGUUGCUGAAGGUAGACCUGUAAGGGAGCACCGCCUUCCUUGCUGUGGUAUGGGGAUCGGCUGGUUGUUGUUCAUCUCUGGUUUCUUUCUUGGUACCAUUCCUUGGUACGUUGGAGCUUUUCUUCUUCUGUGUGUACGGAUUGAUUACAGAGAGAAGCCUGGACUUAUAGCAUGUACUUUAGGGGCCAUGCUUGCUUUGAUUGCUGUGACUUUUGGCGUGACAAAGGCAACUCAUUCCUGGUGAGGCUAUUCAGGCUGCAAAAUGUAACUUAUCCUGGCGGUCUCUAUUAAGAAAGGAACAGAGAGGAAGGAAAGGGCAACUUUAGUAAUUGGUUUUGUUUGUAAGAUGUCUCUUUUUCUCAAUUUGUAUAGCAAAUAUUGACUGGGUGGUUCUUAUCCUUAACAUGCACUUUCCCCCUUUAUUAAUGUUUGUGGUACUUCUUGGUUUACUCCAGCAGUGAUAUGUAUAUUUUUUGAAAAAUUCCCCAAUAGAGGUCCAUAUUUAGAUUGGA